AGAGGAGAACCAUGCCUGAACCCGCGAAGUCCGCGCCGAAGAAGGGCUCUAAGAAAGCCGUGACCAAGACGGCUGGCAAAGGAGGCAAGAAGCGCAGAAAGUCCAGGAGGGAGAGCUACGCUAUCUACGUGUACAAGGUGCUGAAGCAGGUCCACCCCGACACCGGCAUUUCCUCCAAGGCGAUGGGCAUCAUGAACUCGUUCGUCAACGACAUCUUCGAGCGCAUCGCCGGUGAGUCGUCCCGUUUGGCUCAUUACAACAAGCGCUCCACCAUCACGUCCAGGGAGAUCCAGACCGCCGUGCGCCUGCUUCUUCCCGGUGAGCUGGCCAAGCACGCCGUGUCCGAGGGCACCAAGGCCGUCACCAAGUACACGAGCUCCAAGUAAGAAGUGACGAAGACUUGAUCAAACCCAACGGCUCUUUUAAGAGCCACCCACGGUUUCGCUUAAAGAGCUUUUUGUUUUGUUCGUGAGAAUGAAAGCGGGAUUUUUUGAAGGCGGGGGUGCGGGGAGAAAACGUUACGUAAGGUUUUUUGCGAAUUUUCCCGCGCAAUUUCUUUGCAUAUAGUUUGUGUAAGGGGCACUGAUAAAAUAGUGCGCACA